AUGGCAAACAAUGAGCGUUAUACCCUAGAAAAUGAUGAACCAAUAGAUGCCGAAAUGGCUACAAGUGACGUUGAUUUAGAUGUGGAGGAAGAUUCAGGUGAUGAUAGCAUAUAUUUCCAUACGGAAGGCAUAGAGGAAGAAGACGAGGAUGACGAAGAAGACGAUGAGGUUAGAGCAGCAGUCGAAGAAGAAGAGGAGGGGGAUGAAGAAGAUGAUGACGCUGUCUUGAGGAGGUUGUCUCAACAAGCUAUUAGAAGAAGAGAGGCUAGCAUGGUAUAUGAAGGCGAUGACGACGUUAACGACGAGGAUGAUGAUGAGGAAGACGGGGACGAAGACGAAGAUGAAGAAGAUGGCGAGGGCGAGGAUGAAGAUGACGACGGGGACGAUGAUGGUGAUGAUGAUGAUGAUGAUGAUGACGAAGACGGCAACGAAGAAAAUGCCGAUGACGACGCAAACCCUGCGGACUUCUUGAGAAGACUCCUUCGAGCCAGAUCGAGGAAUAAUGGUAGAGAUCCGAACAAUAGCAACGGUGACGAAGGUAGGGGAGAGGAAUUUGUUGAUUUGAUUCAAACACUCAUGGGCGGUGGAGUCAUGUUUAACGGAGGAGGAAGCCUUGGAGGAGGUAACUUCGGCGUUCAUUCUGAGAUCGAUGCACUCAUGAACAACUUAAAUCAACGUGAAGAUCCAUUUCUUGUAUUGGAAUCACUUAAUGAACUUAGUGAAAGGUUGCUCAUGAUGAACGGUAUCACAGCUGAAAGAAUCAUCCCAGCCAACAGACUAGCCAUGACCCUUGUUUCUAUUAUGCAAGAUCCAUUACUUUCAGAAGAAUUAGAACUUCACUUGGUAAGCUGCAGAUGUCUUUACAACUUCUUGGAAGUUAACCAGGAUUUCAUUCACGAGGCAUUAAAUAACGGAGCAGUAGAGGCGUUGUGCCAAAAGCUCUUGGAGAUCAACUAUAUUGAUCUUACAGAACAAGCACUUCAAACUCUUGAAAUGAUUUCCAGAGAUCCAAUUUCCCACGUACAGAUUGUUAAUUGCGAUGGAUUAAAGGCUUGCUUGCAGUAUUUGGACUUCUUUACGGUUCAUGCACAGAGAAAAUCCUUAAUAAUUGUUGCUAACUCAUGCAUAGGUGGAAUUAACUUGCGUAAUUUUGCUAAAAUUCAAGACGGAGACGUCUUCCACUUAUUAUCUAAUGUUGUUAAAAACCACGAAGACAAUAUAGUAGUAGAGAAUGGGUGGUUAGCAAUUUCUCGUAUAAUAAUGAGUGUCAAGUUGGAACGAGAAUUAUUGGAAGAAGGAUUGUUUGGAGGCGAGAACGAAGAAUUUAUUAACGAGAUGGUUAAAGUCAUUUUGAGAAGUAGCAGUAAAGAGGGUGAAGAUAAAUCCAGUAACGAUGGCAGUAAUUGUGUCACAUUUGGUACGUCAUUAAAUUUAAUCAGAUCUCUCAUCGUGUUAGUUAGUGUUGGAAUCAAAAUUUCUACACCAUUGUUGAGAAAUAGGGUUGGUAAGAUCGUUAGUGAAUGCUUAAUCCAAGCGGGCAGAAAACAAAAGGAGAAUAGUAAAGAUGGAGAAGAUGAUGCAUCGAGCCAAAUAUCCUCGCUUAUGAAUACUCCUAAGGAAUUGUUUUCUCAAUUCUUCACUUUGAUAGGAUAUUUAUUACCCAUUCCACCAAAUAGCAAUUAUACAGCAUCACCAGCCAAGAAAGAAGUUGAUGAAUUAAGACUUAAAUAUUACGAAGGGGAAGGUGGAGAAGAUUACCAUCAAUUUGUUGACGAUAUAUGGGGACUAUUAAUCAAUUCUUUUCAAGCUACCAUGGACUUUGAAAUCAGAAGAAAGAUUUUGAUUAAUUUGUUAAGAAUUGUAUCUUUUGAUGUUGAGAAAAUCCAGGACGUAGAAAAAAUUUGCCGCUUACUCUCGUCGGUUGCCAAUCAAUGUAGAGGAGAAAAGCUUGAAUCUGGAAAUGUGCAUUUGUUAACCUGCUUACAAAUCGCAAAAGUGCUUUUGAAAAAGGAUGGAGUUAAAUUGAUGAAUGUUUUUGAAAAAGAAGGAUUGUUGAAUGAUAUUAAAUUCAUUUUGAAAAGAUAUGGAAGCGAAGCUGAAGAUGAAGAAGAUGUUGAAGAUGUUUCCAUGAAUUCCCAAUCGAUGAUUAUAUCCAAUGUGUACACUGAUUUUGAAUUUUCUAACAACUUUGAUGGGAAUGGGGAUUUCAAGUCUAUCUUAUCAAUUUGCAAAGAAAUUACCAAAUACAGUCAAGAGAUCAAUUUCACUAAUGGAAAUACCGGUGGUGAAGGAAUGAAGAUAUUAGAAAAAGUUGUUGAUACAUUAAGAACGCAUAGAUUUGUACAGAACUCUUCAUAUAUGGACUGGUGUAAGCUAUUCCAACAAUUACAAUUUGCAUUGGGAGGUGGCGAAGUAGAAGAAAUCUCAAGUUUUGAACUAAUGAGCAGUGGCGUGAUUACUGAAGUGGUUCAGGUUUUAAGAAGAGAAAACAAUUGUUAUAAUGCCUUCAUAGAUACAUUCUUCAAAAGAGGAGGUAUUGAAUUGUUAAUUAGCAAGCUUCAAGAAUGUUUGACUAGAAGUGAAAAUUUCGAAAUCAUUGGAUCUCAAGGAUCUCAGAGUGCUAUACUGGGGGUUGGAAGUUUAGGGUUUGGAUUAGCCAACUUUAGUAAAACUGCUUCUAUGGCCAGACAACUUAAAAUAAAAUUGGAAGACGACUCUGAAGAUGCGAAACCUUUACCUGGAAUGCAAAAUCUUAUUCUUUCAGUGCACGCAAUUGCCACUUUUAAGUCAGUUGAUGCAUUUUUGGAUCAAAGGUUAAAAUUUUUAGAAGGAAUUCAUGGGAAAUUCAGAGAUAAUGAUGAAGACGAAGAUGUUGAUAAUGAAGACGACGGUGAUAUACAAUUUUCAAUUAAUGGAGAAAUAAUUCCAAAUGAAACUACUGUUUAUGGUGCUAUAUAUAAGUCAGUUGUAGAUCAAGGAGGUGAAAAUGAUAAAAUUUGGUCAACGAUUCAUCCAGUUCAAUUUAAGAGAGUUAAAAAGGUAACUGAGACUGACAAUAAAGUGCUUGGAAUAGUUGGAAUUACCCAUAAUGAAGAAGACGAAAUUGAUCCUUCGACGCUAUCUAUUCUUCAGUUGCUAAAGGUUUUAUUUGAAAUGAAUUCUGAUAAAACUAUUUCGAACAAACUCUUCAAGAAUUGGAAAUUGACGGUAAAGCUCAACAGACAAUUAGAAGAUCCAUUGGUAGUUGCCAGUGGUACAUUACCAGGAUGGAGUGUUACAUUACCAAAGCAAUUUCCAAUGGUGUUCCCAUUAGAUAGUAGAAUAUUCUUCCUUCAGUCCACUUCGUUUGGUUAUUCAAGGUUAAUUCACAAUUGGCAAUUGAGAUUCAAUCAAGAAGAAGAGGAUAGGAACAGUGGAAGUGGGAAUGGCCCCCAUGGCUCUAACGGUUCUAACGGAGGCUCAAAUGGAUCCAAUGGGGGACGCCCACCUUUAGGGCGCCCAGCAAGACAUAAAGUAAGGCUUUCGCGGAAACUGUUAUUACAAAGUGCUGUCAAAGUUCUUGGAAUGUAUGGUUCUACCCCUGGAGUAUUAGAAAUUGAGUAUUUCGACGAGGUUGGAUCCGGAUUGGGCCCUACUUUGGAAUUUUAUUCCACAGUUUCUAAAGAAUUCUGCCAUAAAAAAUUGAUGUUAUGGAGAGAUACAAGCGGUGGAGAAAGCGAGUACGUUGUCAACGAUAAUGGAUUAUUUCCUGCUCCGAUGAGUAAACAACAGCUCAAUACCGAUAAUGGUAAAAAGGUUUUGUUUUUCUUUAACGUUUUGGGAAAAUUUGUCGCUAGAGGAAUGUUGGAUUCUAGAAUUGUUGAUUUUAGUUUCAACCCUAUAUUCUUUAGAGUAUUAUUGAUGUUAUUGCAAUCUGGAAAUGUUGAUAACAAACAAGUGAAGAGGUUCACUAGUAUCGCUACUCUUCGACUUGUAGAUCCUAUUUUGGCGGACUCACUUGAAAAAUUGGUCAAUAUGAGAGACGAUGUACAAGACUUGGAAUUAUCUUUUGAAUUACCUGGAUACCCACAGUAUAAACUUUCAGACAAGCCUGAUGAGCUUAUCACAGCACAGAGCUUGGAUAAAUAUAUCCAGAAAGUAAUCGAUUCGACAAUUUACUCUGGUGUUAUACAUCAGGUCAAGUCUUUCAUGGAUGGAUUUUCUAAAGUAUUCCCAGUUAGCUCACUUGUGAUUUUUUCAGCAGAAGAAUUAGUUUCGAUGUUUGGAAAUGGAGAAGAGGAUUGGACGAGAGCCACUUUAUUAAGUAGCAUUAAUGCAAAUCAUGGUUACAAUAAGGAGUCACCAACAAUUAAAAGCCUCAUAAACAUAUUGGUUUCUUUAGGUGCAGUGGAGAGAAGGUUGUUUUUGCAAUUCUUGACUGGGGCGCCCAAGCUUCCAAUUGGAGGUUUUAAAGCCUUGAGACCAGAACUCACUGUGGUCAGAAGACUGGCAGAAGAUGGUUUAAAGGAUGACGACUACUUGCCUAGUGUUAUGACGUGUGCUAAUUACUUGAAGUUACCAAAUUACUCAAGCGAAGAGGUUAUGCGGACCAAAUUGAUUCAAGCAAUAAAGGAAGGAGCUGGAGCAUUCCUUCUUUCUUAG